CACCAGGCCGCUCGGAUAACAAACCCACAGCAGAAGAAGAACACGGGGAGUGGAGGACCGAGAGGUGAGGCUUCAGACUGCUGAAUCCAUGUGAGCUCUGCUGCUCUGAAGCACGUGUCCCCUCUAAGAAUAGAAAGUGUGCAGCUCCCUCGGACUCGUGCAGUUCAUAACUGAGCUGGUGAGCUGGUCCCAAGAACAGCCUCAAAGCCAUGACCCUCCAGGCUCGAAAAGAGGUGUUUGAGAAGAUGGAGGAAUCUUUUAAAAUCUGCGCCCGCUGCGAGACUCGUCCGGGCGGCCUUUCAGAAGGCCGGAGCCUGAAGCGUUGCACCAGAUGUCUGGGUGUUUACUACUGCUGCAAGGCCUGUCAGAAGGAGGAUUGGCCCAAACACAAGAAGUUCUGCCCACAGCUGCGUCUGGCUGCCAUCGACAGAGUCGUGGGAUCUCUUCCACUCAGCGGAUCCCUUCCAUUCCCGACAGGGAAGUGGUCCAAGCCCCAGGCCGAGGUCAAGGGCUGGGACGACUGGCUCGCCAUGCAGGGGGACCUGACGUCUCGCCUGGACGCCCUCCUGGAAGGAGCAAACACGGAGGACCUGUGGGCCGGCAGGUCUCCGCCGGGCGGCGAGGACCUGAGGCAGUCGCUGUGGAGGGUUUGCAGCGAGCUCUUCUCCAGGCCGCUGACCGUCGCCUGGGCCAUGAGACUGUUCGGCCUGGACCCUCAUUCCAGACCCCUCACCGUGCACCUGGUGGGGGCCGGCCCCCGGGAGACCGCGGCCGCCAGGACGACGGACUACGACGAGCUGAACAACAUGUUCCCCGGACACCAGGGGAUCACGAUAGUCCUGGUGGGGCCGGAGGUGGCGGACGGCCCCGUCCUGAGGCCUCCCCUCAGCGGGGCCGGCCCCAGGCAGAGGGUCUACGUCAGCGCCCACAAGGGCCUCUACCACCACUUCUGGGAAGACGUGGUGGAGAAGGAGGAAGCGGCCAAGCCGGACCUGGUGGUCGGAUUUCAUCCCGGGUUUGAUGCGAGUCAGGGUCUGGACCAGGGGUGGCUGCCAACGCUUCUGCUCCUCAGGGACUACGAGAUUCCUUCUCUCUUCACUGCUCUCAAUGAGACGGAGAUGACCUACUCCCUGCAGAUCCUGUUGGAGCUGGAGAUGGACCUGAAGGGGAGCGGCGCCGGACCCUUCCCCUCGCUGAGACCAGAGGCGGUGGGCUCGAGUCCCAACAGGCCUCCGGACCACCACAACUCCCACUACUUCUGUUUCCAGGGCCUCCUGGAGACGGCGGAGGUGGAGGAAGCGGAGGAGGCCUGAGGGGGCACAGUCGGACUCUUGGUGAAUGAACCAUUGUCUGUAUAUGCCUCGUUUUUUACUGAUAAGAAAUUCAUAAAAUGUGUCUAAAUACACGUUAUUGUUAAAUGUUUUACUGCGGGAACCGUUUGCUUCUACUACUGUCUCGGUUUGGUGACGUGUAAAUGAGGUGUGAGAUUUGAAUAAACUGUCUAUUGAGGUGGAAGCUGAGAGGCAUAAAACAGUCAAAUGUCCACUGAAGUUAAAUCUGAAUACAAAGAACUUCAAACGAUGAAUACAGGUGUGGCGACAUUGUCCACUGCGGUAAGACACAACGCGGACAUCGUUUCAAAAUAAUUUUAAUAAAUUCACAAUAAUCUGUUCACAGCUUUUGAGAAUGAAGUAUUCUACACUAUUUGAUAAAGCCCCCCCCAAAAAAUGCCCCUGCCAGCAGACCCUGCAGCAGCUUGAGCAGGUCCGCCCAGUUGGGGGAGGGGGAGGAAGAGGGCCAGGGGCGAGUGCCAUGACUUGGCCUCGAACCACGGGCAGGACCACGGGCACCGCGGUGCAGAAGAACCAGACGAACUCGCACCAGACGCCCCACGGACUCACCAUCCGGCCUCUGCAGAGGACGAUGAGGAGAUUAUCUCCAGGAGGCGCAAAAGGCCCUUGGAGCCCUUGAACGGGCCGCACGUGGCGCUCAAAGUCGGGAGCACGAGGUCCGGAGGUCCAAGGAGAACGAGGUCGAGCCACGUCUUACGUGACAGGCGGGCGUCCUUUGCAUAGUUACUUUUAAUCAAAUUUCCAGGUUGAUAAAGAUUGAUGGUCGUAGGUGGAGGAGACUGUGUUUGGCUCCAGUUCACGUCAGUUGCGUUUAAUUGAACCCUGCAUAGAUGCUGCAUCCACAGUUUUUCCUCUAAUUCUGUAAUUUAUCCAGCAGGCAAAAGGUAAAUAUGUUGAAAUGAA